AUGGAUUUUAAAUGCGAUCUUAUUUUCAAUGUUAUAAUACUCAUCAUCAAUGCUCAUCUGACACGAUCCGUGCUAGCGAGAGACUGCAGCAGUGACAAUGGUGGGUGUCUACCUGACGAACUGUGCGUUAAGAAAUUAUUUCGUGGCGAGUUUAUAGUCAAGUGCCUCGGCCCCUCAAGCGAAAUGGUCUUAAACGUCCAAACUGCGCACAGUAUCUACUUUAUUUCUGACUUGUUUUACAUUGUAAACGGCUUUAAUAAUAAUUAUAAGUUGAGUUUGUUCCUGUUUUACAAUACGUUCAUCGGAACCGAUCAUUAUUUAGCUAACACGAACGGCAAACAUCUUCUUGGAUGUUUCUUGACUGGCGUCACGGACACUUAUGACUUCAACGAUAAAGUGUUGAUCUACGUUGACUCAAUAGGCGAGUGUAGCUACCAGUGUACAACUCCGUAUUACGGAAUCAAGUUUAUAAAUAACAAACAUCAGUGCGAGUGUUUCCUCAACAUCAAGUACAGAACAUCGAUGGCGCGCUGCAAUCAGACAUGCAAAGAUGAACCAGUGUCCAACUUAACCUUGGUAGGCUGUUUCACAUCAGUUACACACCAUUAUAAAGCUGAAGAUAAAACUGUAAAUGUAGAUACUUGUGCAGCGGCGUGUCGUGAAAAAUCAUUUAGUUUUCUUGGCUACAAGGCCUUGGCCAAAAACAUCAUAAACUGGAACAAAUGA